AUGGCAGCAAACUCACCACCCUCCCCAAGCCCCUCCCAACUCCCCCCGAUUCCCGCCAGCCCAACCUACUCCUACGCCUCAACCGCAAACCCCCUCUCACAAUACAACCUCCCGCCCCCUCCACCGCCCCGCCCGUCCCACGCCGUCCUCACCAAAGCCGACCUCGCCAACUCCCAAGCCGCCUACUCCGACCUCCUCGCCAGCGCCAAAGCCUACCGUCUCGCCCUCGCUUCCUUAUCCACCGCCGCCUCCAGCUUCGGCGCUGCUCUCGAGUCCUGCGCCCGUCUGAAAGAAGCCCGCGCUGAACUGACCACCCCACCUCCCGGCGCCGGCAGCGGUAGCCAUAAUGGUGGUGUUGGGGCCCCCCAAAGCACCUGCACAGCCGACGCCCUGCUCACCACCGCGGGCUUACACCUCCUAAUCGCCAACCACCAACACAUUCUCUCCGAAACGGUCUACCGCGCCUUCGAAGUGCCCCUCCUCCACGACCUCGACAAAUGGCGCGCAGGCGUCGACGACGAGGAAGAAUCUUACACGCGCGCGGUAGAGACCCAGUCGCGCGAGAUCCGCCGGUUAGAGCGGGACGGGGUGAAGAUGAUGAAUCGCCAGCGACGGAGGGAUGUAGGGCAGUUGAGGAGUCAUUUGGUGGAGUUGACGGGGAAGUUGGAUGGGUUGACGGUGUUGCAUGGGGAGCAUGCGCGGACGUUACUGAGGGAGAGUCAGGAGGCGAGUGGGAGGAUUGUGGAUGCGAGUUGUUCGUUGGUCAGGGCGGAGGUGGAUAUUUUUGAGAGUUUGGCAAGGAAGGGGUGGACGGGGGGUGGGUUGGAGGAUGUGUUGGAGCGGGGGGUGGAUUUGUUCGCUGCUGAGAUGGAGGAUCCCCUCACCGGAGGGAUGGGUUCGGAUGGGAAGGGGGGCAUUGGGGGGGAUAAUAAUAGUGGGAGCGGGGGUUUUGGGGUCGCUGGGGGGGAUGGGACGAAGCUGUUUAGUAUCUUGCCGCCUAAGAGCAUAUUAGCGGAUACCAACUCCGGGUCGGACACGGCGCGCGGUGGUGGAGGGGUCUCUACCGGCAAGGAGACGCGGUCUGAUAGUCUGCUGGUGGGGGACUCGGACCGGUACCAGAGCCUUGCAAGCGCUGUGUCGAGGGGCCGGGACCGCGGUGAUACUGAUAGUGUCUUUCCUACCACCGAGUUCAACCGCUCGCGGAAUGUCCGGCCGUUUUCACCACAGCCGCAGCCGUUGAAGCUGAACCCGAUGGAUCUGCUGGGGGGUAUUCAAGACGAAGUUGCGGGAGCAUCAUCGUCGACGUCCGCUUUGAGGAAAGAUGAUGGUGGCUGUCGUGGGCAUGAAGAUAUAGCAGAGGCUGAUGAAGAUUGUGCCGACGAGGACGAGGACGAGGAUGAAGACGAUGAUGACCAUCCAUGGCGCAACGAGGGGUUACGCCGGGGAUCGUCUGACCAUGGUGGGCAAGACAAAGCCGGCACAAGCCCGGGGCACACACAGCCACGGAAGGGAACAUGGAGCGAUACGACCGACCAACGGUCCAUCAACAGUUAG